GAGUAGAGAGAGAGAGAGAGAGAGAGAGAGGAUAAAGAGAACGCAGCAUAAAAGCUGAUAUCUAUAAUUCUUCUUUAUCCCGUCCCUCUAGAAGCCAGAAAGAAGAGAGCAAGAAAAAUCAAUGGAACAUAUCACCAUCUAUGCCAGUACCCUGCUCUUUCUUCUCCUCACCACUCAAACUUUAGCCCAGCCUGCAGCAGCUCCAGCUCCACCAGGCCCAACAAACAUCACCAAAAUACUUGAGAAGGCAGGGCAGUUUACUACACUCAUUCGGCUGCUUAAGAGCACCCAGGUUGGUGACCAGAUCAACAACCAGCUGAACGACUCCAACUCCGGCCUCACUGUUUUCGCACCCACUGACAAUGCCUUCUCCAGCCUUUCUUCAGGCACUCUCAACUCCCUCACCGACCAGCAGAAGGUUGCACUGAUCCAGUUCCAUGUACUUCCUUCCUUCAUCUCGAUGUCUCAGUUCCAAACAGUGAGCAACCCGCUCCGAACACAGGCAGGCGAUGUAACCAAUGGGCAGUUCCCACUCAAUGUGACAACCGCAGGGAACACGGUGAACAUAACAACAGGGAUUGACAACACCACGGUGUCCAACACCAUCUACUCAGAUAACCAGCUGGCUGUGUACCAAGUUGAUCAGGUGCUCCUCCCAUUGGAAAUCUUCAGACCCCAAGCCCCCGCUCCUGCGCCUUCCAAACCUAAAAAGAAAAAGGCCGCUCCUAUCGCUGAAGGGCCUUCCAGCACUUCAAAAGACUCGACCUCUGCUGCUGUCACUUUGAAUUGGAGUCUAUCUGCAGCUGCCAUUGCCUUUGCAGCUGCUGUGAUUUCUCUCUGGUGGAGUCUCUGAGUGCUACUACUAUUCUUUUCUAGCUUUUGCUGAGUGGUGGUCUGUGUCGGGUACGGAGGCUUGCAUUUUUCAGGUGUCCUUUAAUUUUGCCUUGUUUUAUCACUGCCACAGAUUUUGUAAUGUUAUCUCAUUUAUGUAUCUACUAAAAUCUAAAAUAAAGAUGAGAGUAAUAACACAAACCUCAUGUAUUCAUAUAGCCUCCGAA